AUGACGAUACUUCCGGCUCGUAGGGGUGCUGCGUUCCCUAUCCAGAAGGGCCAGUAUCUUAAGGUCACCAAUACGUAUGGCAAGCAGGUAGUUGAUUUUUGGGCCUUCAAUCCCAACGAUAGUCAUGAUUACCUCUCGAUGUCGCAUUCGCGCACCAUUCUGGUCGCCGUCUCGCCACGCGUGGGCAAGAGCCUCUACAGUACCCGUCGGAAGCCUAUACUCACGUUGGUUGAAGAUACGUCACCUGGUGUACAUGACAUGGUCUGGUCGGCUUGCGACCGGGAACGCUAUCGCAUGCAAGGCGCCGUCGAAUAUCAUGACAACUGCCACGACAACAUGCACCAGGCCCUCAAACAGAGCUGUCCAGCAGACAAAUAUCCUAAUCUCCAGAUCGCGGAUGAUUGGAUUCCUGACCCCUUAAACCUUUUCAUGAACGUCCCCAUUAACCACUUCGGAGGGCUGGACAUUCAGCCGCCGACGAGUGAAAAGGGUCAGUACGUGGUGCUGAAGGCGGAGGCAGACCUGGUGAUCGUCAUGUCUGCUUGUCCUCAAGAUAUGGCUCCGGUGAAUGCCGGCGGGCCGGCAGACUGCGAGUACGAAAUAUUCAAUGACUCCUCUCUUACGGAGCCUGCGUCGACCAGUAUCCCCCGCACCCUUACUAAGCGCCCAAAGCGUGUCAAGGUCGCGCUCUCUUUUGAUUUUGACGCCGUUUCCCACUGGCUCGGGACGGGAUGCCACCCUGACAAUAACAUGGCCGACUACAGCUCCGGCAUUUUCGCUGGUCAGGUUGGCGCAAUUCGUUUGCUAAAUAUGCUGAAGAAGAAAAACAUCGCGGACAAGGUGACUUGGUUCGUGCCUGGCCACACCAUAGAGACCUUCCCGAAUUCGGUCAAGAAAGUCGUCGAAUCGGGUGCUGAGAUCGGUCUCCAUGGCUAUUCCCAUGAGGGCAUUUACCAGAUGACCCCUGAGCAGGAGCGCGACGUCUUGGUCAAAUGCAUUGAAGUCGCUACCAAGUUGUGCGGUGGACAGAAACCUCGCGGCUACCGUGCUCCCAUGUAUACCAUCCGAGAGACCACCGUCGAGCUUCUCCGCGAGUUUGGCUUCCUUUAUAAUUCGUCUCUCAUGCACCACGAUUCUCAGCCGUACUGGACUCCGGCCGAUCCGCCUAUAGAGAAGAUUGACUUCUCAAAGCCUGCUUCCUCUUGGCUAAAGCCUACACCUAUUACUGAGCCUACCAUUGGGCCGCUAGAGUCUGGUCAACAUCCGUUGGUUGAAAUCCCCUGCGGUUGGUAUAACGAGGAUAUGAUGCCGUUGCAGUACCUCCCACAUCUUCCUAACAGCAUGGGAUACGUCUCUACUAGAACCGUAGAGCAGAUGUGGAAGGACAAGUUUAUGUGGUUAUGGGAGAACGCCCCCAGCGUCGAGGGCGAGGAUGACAGCGAGAGGGCCAACGACUCUGUCGAUUUCGUUUUCCCUAUCUUGAUGCACCCCGACACGUCUGGAAUGGCACACAUAAUCGGAAUGUCAGAACGUAUCAUUAGCUGGCUACAAGGAUGGGGAGAGUCCGUGCAAUUUUAUAAGCACGAGGAUAUCGCCAAGGAAUGGCUGAAAGAGCAGACGUCUCGCAAGUAGGUAACUAUUCGUUAUUCUUACUCAGGUAGGUAGGUUUGAUAUCAAGCCAGCGCUUAGCCCAUCAUGAUUUAGAAUCAAUAUGAGGCUUUCUAUCCAUGCCAUGCUUGAUUACACUUCAAAUUUCUCUCUCGACAACGUGAGAGGAUGUCUUGGAUGGCAAUAGCCGCCACCCGCCCAAAUUACGCGCUAUUAAGUCGGACCUCCGAGGAAGAAGGACAUUCCACAGAUUAGCCACAUUAUCUUUAUCAUUAAUUUUAACCUGGCACGGCAUUUGGGCUGUUGAACGCCACUACUUUCCUACCUAUGCUAACCGCUCCCAUAAAAGGAGCUAGGACUCGAGUUAUUCGUAUUCGUUAAUGAGACUAUGAGGCUGCAGUUCGACCUGAUGCGGUCUUCUGGCCUGAAGGAAGACUGAAAGUAUAUUGCUUUCUAGCGAGCAUUUGGUCGGAGGCCUACAAGAAAGCUCUGGGCCUAGUGGGGUGAGACCGGACGAGGCUGUCGUUGUCGCGGCGCAUGCGUACGAUUUCAGGACUGUGCGGAAGUUC